CGAGCCGAAACGCGUUCGUGUCCUUUUUGAGGAAGCAACACCAGCUUUGUUGGAAGCUGUUCCGCGGCGCAGUUCUUGCUUGGUACACCACACCCAACAUCCAGGUCCCCGGCGACGACCACCCGCCCAGUCAACGGUAGCAAUUGCCAGCUCUGGCUGCUUUGAGACCGGACAGUAGGUGAUGCUGCACUAGCAGCUUCGACCCUGCGAUAUAGGAAAAAGGCCAUAUUUCCUCGGUUGAACGGGCGGGGAUACAACUCUCAAAAUGCCCCUCAACCUCUUUCGAGUAGCCGGGGACUUUUCCCAUCUGGCGUCAAUCUUCAUUCUGCUGCACAAAAUUGUACAGCUCAAGAGCUGCUCAGGCAUCUCGUUCAAAUCGCAGGUCCUGUACCUCAUGGUCUAUGUCACACGAUAUCUCGACCUGCCCUGGACCCAUUCCCCUUACAACUUCAUCUUCAAGGUCCUCUUCAUCUCGUCGCAAUGCUACAUCAUUUACCUGAUGGCGCGCGAGUACCGCCCGACCAACGACCCGAACCUCGACACGUUCCGGGUGGAGUACCUGCUGGCGUUCGCGGGCGUGCUCGCCCUCUUGUUCCCCGUCAAGUAUACGGUGCUCGAGGUCUUCUGGGCCUUCUCGAUCUGGCUCGAGAGCGUCGCCAUCCUCCCCCAGCUGUUCAUGCUGCAGCGCACGGGCGAGGCCGAGGUCAUCACGGCCCACUACCUGUUCGCGCUGGGCACGUACCGCGCGCUCUACAUCCCCAACUGGAUCUACCGCUAUGUGACCGAGGGGCCGAGCAAGCUGGACACCAUUGCUGUGGUGGCCGGCGUGCUGCAGACGGUGCUGUAUAGCGACUUCUUUUGGAUCUAUUACACGAAAGUGGUCAUCAGGGGCGAGAAAUUCAAGUUGCCUGUCUAAAUUUAGAGGGCAGUGGUUUUGGGAAGCUGCGGGAAUCGCUAUUGUUGUAGUUCAAGGGAGAGGGAGGAGGCCGGGAAUGCUCAGGAUGAGGCGGGCGGCUAUGAAAUCAAUUCCCCUGCGCUUGUCUGUUCAGGGGUCCGUUGCUGGGUGUGGGGUGAGGAAAUGUGUGAUGAACAACAUGGGUGGAUGGGAUGUUUGGGUCGGCGGCACCAGGCUGGUCUGGACUGAGGCGGGUUGAAAGGGCAACAACACGGUUCGCAGUCAGAACUGGGCUGUGAGAGGGGGAAAAUGAUAGGAGGUGCAUGUGUCUGGCGUUUCGGAGAUACUGGUAUUCUUCAGUCGAACUUGGAGGGGUCGGGUAGGCGUGUUGGAACAUCUCCAAUGUAUAUAGACAUACCAACUUCUGUGAAAAAAAUGGAUGGACGGCUUUUUUGGUACCUGGCAUAU